GUCCUGGAUCUGAAUCGGUCCCUGGCCGUUUCUGAUCAGUUAUUGAUCCGUGUUUCGACUGUCCGUCUGCAGGGGUAUCAGACGGUGUAUACGGUGGUUCUCUCCGUUAGCUCGUGUUGUCGGCCUGUGGCGGGAACAUGCUCCGAGUGAGGGCGGCGGUGGGUCGGUCUUGGCGGGGGUUGAAAACCUUCCCCUGUGCAGCUGUGGAGGUGAAAAACGAGCCGAUCCUGGGUUUCAAAGAGGGAAGUGCAGAAAGAAAAGAGCUGCUGAAGGCCUUGGACAGUCUGAAGGGGACGACGGAGGAGAUCCCCUGUGUGGUCGGAGAUGAACAUGUGUGGACCAAAGACAUCAGAUAUCAGUUAUCUCCGUUCGAUCACUCACACAAGGUGGCAAAGUUCUGUUAUGCUGACAAGGAGCUGAUAAACAAAGCCAUCCUGGCAUCUGUAGCAGCGAGGAAAGAGUGGGACCUGAAGCCCGUCCAGGACCGGGCCCAGGUCCUCUUCAAGGCAGCCGAUGUCCUCAGCGGACCCAGGAGGGCAGAGAUCCUGGCCAAGACCAUGAUUGGACAGGGUAAGACGGUGGUGCAGGCAGAGAUCGAUGCCGCGGCAGAGCUGAUCGACUUCUUCAGGUUUAACGCCAAACACGCGAUUGAGCUGGAGAAGCAGCAGCCGUUAGAUGCAGAGGGAAGCACGAACACCAUGCUGUACCGUGGACUGGAGGGUUUCGUCGCAGCUGUGGCUCCUUUUAACUUCACUGCGAUUGGUGGAAACCUGGCAGGUACCCCGGCUCUGAUGGGUAACGUCGUUCUGUGGAAGCCCAGUGACACCGCCAUGUCUGCGAGCUACGCUGUCUACAGAGUCCUGAGGGAGUGCGGUCUGCCCCCAAACAUCAUCCAGUUCCUGCCGGCGGACGGUCCCGUGUUCGGAGACGCCAUCACCUCCUCUCAGCACCUGGCAGGCAUCAACUUCACCGGCAGCGUCCCGACGUUCAAGCGUCUGUGGAAGCAGGUCGCCCAGAACCUGGACACCUACAGGACCUUCCCCCGGCUGGCAGGAGAGUGCGGUGGGAAGAACUUCCACUUCGUCCACAAGUCUGCGGAUAUUCAGAGCGUGGUGACGGGCACGGUGCGCUCGGCGUUUGAGUACGGAGGUCAAAAGUGUUCGGCCUGCUCCAGGAUGUACGUUCCAGACAGCACGUGGCCGCAGAUCAAACAGGGACUUCUGGACAUUCACAAAAACAUCAAAGUGGGAGACCCUGUGGAGGACUUCAGCACCUUUUUCUCGGCAGUGAUAGACGAUAAGUCUUUUGGUCGGAUAAAGAAGUGGCUCGAUCACGCCAAGUCUUCUCCGAACCUGAAGGUCAUUGCCGGCGGUAACUGCGACGAUAAGAAGGGUUACUUUGUGGAGCCGACCAUCGUCGAGACCAAAGACCCACAGGACGCCAUCAUGAAGGAGGAAAUCUUUGGUCCGGUUCUGACGGUUUAUGUUUAUCCUGAGAACAACUUCGAGGAGGUUCUGCAGCUGAUAGACCACACGUCCCCGUACGCUCUGACAGGAGCAGUGUUCGCUCAGGACAAGACCGUGAUCGAACAGGCGGCUAAAACCCUGAGAAACGCUGCAGGAAACUACUACGUCAACGACAAGUCCACCGGCUCCGUCGUCGCUCAGCAGCCGUUUGGUGGUGCCAGAGCUUCAGGGACUAACGACAAACCUGGAGGGCCACACUAUGUCCUGAGGUGGACGUCUCCGCAGGUGGUGAAGCAGACCCACGUCCCCCUCAGAGAGUGGAGGUACCCCUACAUGGGCUGAGGGAGUCCGUGACUGAAGCCUGCCGGUCCAAUCAGAGCCUCCGUCCCUCCCCCCAGCUCCAGUCCGUUAAUCGAACCGAAGAGAGCUCGUCUGAAUCUUAGUGUCCUCACUGUCCCCCUGAGAAAGCCUUUGCACUGAACCUGGACCUGAAUGUAUCAGAGGGAACUGGAGCAGACCGGUGAGGCUGUCCUCGUCCUGGCUCCGCAGACUCAGCGUCUGCAGUUUUAGCCGCUGCUGCGUCAAUCACAGCAAAUCCCCGGAGAAUAAUCAGCUGCUGUUAGUCAAAGCUAAAAUCCGUCGGUUGAUGUUAAAGAAUAAAUCGUUUUUAUUUUAACCUGAAUUAAACGAUUAAUCGAUUAAUCCGUUCGUCGACCCACAGAAACAGUUUGCUGCUUCCUUCAGGUUUCUGAGAGUGAACUGAGUCUGAGGGGUUUUAGCUGCUGGUCGACUUUCGAAAACUUCACCUUGGACAUUUUACAGAUUUUUGACAUUUUAUAGCCAAUCAAACGAUGAAUCCAUUAAUUGAGAGUCCCUGGCAGAUGAAUCGGUGAUGGAUGAACAGCACAGGACUGGUUUGACUGGUUACCAUGACUGAGCCGUGAGCGCUGAUGUCAGAGUUACACCUGUGAGAACGAGGCUGUUCCCUCGUCCGUCCUGUCGUUGAUGUCGUUGUCAGCUCCACCUGCUGCCGUCCGUCAGAGAGCGACUGUGUUUUAUACUUAAAUCUUUAGCAGCAGAUGAUUUACUGUCCUUCCAGAACGUGCCUGCCUUAAGAACUGGAAAUUCAGAAACUUCAUUUUCACAAUAAAUACUAAAUUAUUCCUUUAA